UUUUAUGGUCACUCUUAUAUAGUUUAAAGCGCAGCGCUAGGACUAGGAACUUUUGAAACGAAAUGCUGAAUUUUCGAUUCAUUAUGGAACAUAUUCGAAACCAUCCUAUUGUAUCAACUAUCAGUAUUUUUGUUGGCAUGGGCUUGGUAUCCGAGGUGAUUUGGAAGACGGUUGAGUACUUUCGGGAUAAGCGGGAGAAAGCUAGCCGCGUGCACGAAGUGCUCAUCUUCAAUGAACUGGGCGAAAUUUGUGCAUCGCACCACCUGCGUGAAUGCUAUCCAAAAACGUUAGAGUUUCACUGCCAGAACAAAUAUUGCACAACGAAGAAUACGGGAAAGAUAGUAGAGCAGUUUGACCGUGCGGUGUAUUCUAUAGACUUGGCCAUUUACACCUUUACUUCGAUGACUAUAUCGGAAGCUUUAAAGCGGGCUUUACAUCGUGGCGUAAACAUCCGGAUCAUAAGUGACGGAGAAAUGGUCUACUCCUGCGGAUCACAGAUCAUUGUCCUGAGUGAACUUGGAAUACCGGUGCGCGUACCCACCACCACGCAUAUAAUGCACAACAAGUACUGCGUAAUUGAUGGAGCAGAGCGCGUAGAAGAGAUCCGACAGGCCAAGAAGCGCAAAUGGAUGCGUCCAUGCCACAGUAUCGCGAUCACUGGCUCCGUCAACUGGACGCGUCAAGGCUUCGGAGGUAACUGGGAGAACUGCGUCAUCACAGCGGACGAGAAGAUAUCGAGUAUGUUACAGGCAGAAUUCGACCGCAUGUGGAGGGCCUUUGCGAAGUCUGAGACCAAAUAGGAAUCCAAUGUUUGUUAAUAGUUUAGCAAACUAAUAAUUUUUUAUACAACUAUCAAGCAGUUCCACAAAAUUUGAUAACUCUGAGGGAGACAGUACUUUAUUGCGUACAUCGUGCAUCUUUUUUAGUUAACCAUUUUAUCACUUUGAUUAAUAAUUAAGAACUUGAUAUAAGCGUUACUAAAAAUGUAGUUUGAAUUAAGUUUUUCAUUGUAUUUCGAAUUGUUAUUCUUUUUUUUUUAAUAUAAGUAUGGAGAAACAAGUGAAACCGGAGAUUAAUACACUAAUUUUUUAUCUUUAUAGCUGUCUAACAAUGAAUUCCUGACUUUGAGUUAAAUAUUAAUUUGUUAUCAUUAUUAUUGAAUAUUAAAAGAUUGGCAUGACCAAAAAUUAACCUAA